AUGAGGAAACCCCAUUUUCUUGGUCUACUCGUGAUUUCAAUAGUAUCCACUGUUCUAUCGCAUUUUCAUGGAGGAUUAGCCAUGGCUGCUCCUGCUACUGGCACCCAAGAUGGUUCAGAACGUUGGGGUUAUACUCAAGUCAGACCCGGAGCUCAUAUGUUUUGGUGGUACUAUAAAAGUCCUUUCCGAACGCAGAAUCCAAACAAACCAUGGCCAAUUAUUCUUUGGUUACAAGGUGGACCUGGUGCAUCAGGAGUUGGAAUUGGAAAUUUUGAAGAGAUAGGGCCAUUGGACACUUCAUUGAACCCCAGAAACUCUACAUGGCUUAGAAAGGCAGAUCUUUUAUUUGUGGAUAAUCCGGUUGGGACUGGAUACAGUUUUGUGGAGAACAACACGUUAUUGGUGAACACUGAUGACGAAGCUGCAAGGGAUUUAACUAGAUUGUUGAUUGCAAUUUUCAAUAGAAAUAAGACCCUACAAAAAAGCCCUCUCUAUAUCGUGGCUGAGUCUUAUGGAGGAAAAUAUGCAGUCACUCUUGGAUUGUCAGCUCUCAAAGCCAUUAAAGCUGGAAAAUUGAAGCUCAUACUUGGAGGAAUCGUGUUGGGAGAUAGUUGGAUCUCACCAGAAGAUUUUGUGGCUUCAUGGGGUCCUCUUCUCAAAGAUCUUUCAAGGAUAAACAACAGUGGCCUGAAGAUAUCAAACAGUUUAGUUGAAGAAAUAAAGCAGCAUAUAGCAAAUGGCGAAAUGAUGGAGGCCACUAAAACAUGGAGUUUUCUUGAACGAGUGAUCAUCUAUACCAGUAACGAUGUUGAUUUCUACAACUUCUUGUUGGAUACUGGGAGCAUUCAUGAGCCGAUGAUCGCAACCGAACAAUUCAGAAAAUUCUCCAACAAGAGAUACUCGAGAUAUCUUGAUUCUUUGAGGGUUUCUGCAGGUGCAAAGGAGGGUGAUCUACACACAUUAAUGAAUGACGUCAUCAGAAAGAAAUUAGGGAUUAUCCCCAAAGAUGUGGAAUGGACAGAUGUGUCGGACCUUGUUUUCGAGUACUCAAAUGUUGAUUUCAUGAGACCAAGGAUCGACGAGGUCGAUAUACUCUUGAACGCAGGAGUCAACAUCACCAUAUAUAAUGGUCAACUUGAUCUCAUAUGUUCAACAAAAGGAACUGAAGCAUGGGUUGAGAAGCUCAAGUGGCAAGGGCUAAAAACAUUUUUGAAGAUGGACAGAAGUCCACUUUACUGUGCAAAUGAUAAAACAACAAAAGGAUUCUUCAAAUCUUACAAAAACUUGCAAUUCUAUUGGAUUCUCAACUCCGGUCAUUUCGUGCCGGUGGAUCAACCAUGUAUAUCGUUAGACAUGGUGGGUAACAUCACUCAGUCCCCCGUGACCAGUUGA